UCCUUUGACUGCUUCCCCCCUGUCAUGCAUAAAUGGCGUGGGAAAUGUCCUAUUGCUUCCUAUUGGGCAAUUCAACUGUGCUGAAAUAGUGGGAUUAUAACACCUAGUCCUAUUAAGCGAAUCUAAGCAAAUAGGUUUCUGAAAGAAGGCCAGUGUUGUGUGCGCGCGCACAGCGCCCUCUGUGGCCGCCCAAGGAAUAUCUUCCGCACAUUAGCGUUCGUUCCUGUUGGUCUUAUUUUUAGCUGGAUCUCCUCCAUGCUCCAGCUGCGGCCGGUGGAAGAGGAUGAAUCAGCUUCUGAGAGUCUGGAGCUGAAUCGAGCUGUGGCGGAUAAUGACCACUUCCUAUUGGCUGAGCUGUUGUCACAAGAACGUUACAGGAAGUGCAUCAAUCAUCAGAGCGGUUGGGGCAUCCCAGGUACCCCUUUACGCAUGGCUGCAUCCAAAGGUCACCUAAAGUGCCUGCAGGUGCUCCUGGCCCACGGGGCAGAGGUGGAUCGCCUGGAUGUGAAGGCCCAGACUCCUCUUUUCACCGCUGUGUGCGGGAGGUACCUGAGUUGUGUCCUUGCUUUGCUUCGUGCUGGUGCUAACCCUAAUGGAAGUCACUUGAACAACAGCUCACCUGUGCUCACCGCCGCCCGGGAGGGCGACCCAGAGAUCCUCCGCCAGCUGCUUCAGCACGGAGCAGAGGUCAACGCCAGAUCAAAGGUGACACUGUGGGCCUCAGGGGUUGCGGUGUGCAGUGGACCGCUCUACCUGUCAGCCAUAUAUGGACACCUGGACUGUUUUAAAAUGUUGCUGUUGUACGGGGCAGAGCCGAAUUAUAACAGCCCGGAGGAUAAAGUAAUCGGCAAAGCCACGCAGCAGAAGACGGUGCUGGAAUUGUGUUUGAGACACGGCUGUGGAGUCGAGUACAUUCAGCUGCUCAUUGACUUUGGGGCCAAUGUCUACCUGCCUACCCUCAUUAUAGAGAAGAGCACCAAACAGAAUGAAGCUGUCGAGCUGCUACUCAAAGAACGAGGGUGUCCAAAGUCUUUGGCGUCUCAGUGUAGGCUGGCCAUCCGUAGACAUCUGAAACACAUAAACAGGAUUCAGUUUAUAGACACUCUGGAUAUUCCACCCAGGCUUAUCUGCUAUCUUAAACACAAGCAUAUGAAUAGUCCAUUGGUUCAGUGACGGUGCAUACUCAACUGUGCCUAUAUCAAUGGACAGGUCAAUCAUUCACACUUCUAGAUGGAGAUAGACAGACUUUCAAGAAAAGUAACCAGACUCAUGAAGAGAUGCACAUACAACAGUACAGUUUGCUCAGUUUACAUCUGUGCAUUGUAUUAAACUGGAAUAACCUUUGUCAUUCAGAUCAGACAAAUUGUGUAUAGAACUUUACCAGAAGUGUUGUUAUAAUUUAAUGUUCAAGAACUAUGCAUUCUCAUACAGCCUGUACUUCCUUUUCAGUGUCUUCUGAGGAUGUUAUUUCUCAUUCUAAAUGAAUAGUUGUAAAGUGUUUUAAUUGGAUUAUUAGAUGGCCUAUUUCUGUGUGAUUUAUAGGGAGCUUUUAUUAUAUUAUGAGUGUUUUGUUAAAUGAUAAAAGCGUGAUGAAGAAUAACUUAAUUAUUAAUUAAUAUAAUAACUUUAUAUUAUUCUAUAUAAAAUAACUUAAUUAAUUAAAAUCUUAAUAUCAUAUAUAUAUAUAUAUAUAUAUAUAAUUGUUGUAUUGUGUUUGUUUAAUCUCUUGAUGUGCAUGCAGCAGUCGUCAUAUAACCAGCACAUUGCUGAAACAAGAAAUUACGUUUACACACAAAGUUUUACAAAAAGAAAAUGCAAAGCAACAUGUUUUCUUUAUACAUUAUAGCACAAUAACAUUUUUGCCAAUAUAAUCCUGCUGUGGACAACAUCUUUUUAUUUUAUACAAACUGCUGAACACUAGAAUUAUUAUCUAGUGAAGUGAAAGUGACCUAUUAGUCAGAUAUGGUGACCCAUACCCGAAAUGUGACCUCUGCUUUUAACCCAUCCAGAGAGUAGUGAACACACGCACACCCGGAUGGUUAAUAAUGGUUAUUGUACUCCAUAAAUAAAACGGUUCACAACUCAAAGUG